CUGCUAAAAAUCACUAAUUUUUUUCUUAUUGAAAUGUUGGUACUUGGGGGAAUUAUUGGAAUGUUUUGGUUGAAUUUUCUUAUAAAUUACGAAGUAGGGGGCGGGCAAUAUUUUAAUAACCCAAAUGAUAAGUACAGACUACCCAACUCUAAAUUUCCCCCAACAUUCAAAACUUCUUUUUUCAAGUUUCUUCAUUUCAAUCUAAUCCUUUUAUUAAUUUUUUCUUUUUAUUUUUACAAUUUUCUUAUGGAAUUUACAAAUGCUUGCUAAAACGGGUCCUUUCUCUUUUUCUCCCCUUAACUUUUUUUAAAAAGGGCUUUAUUGCAUUUAUCCGUUCCUAAAAAUGUUUUUUGGAAAUAUUUUGUAAUUUAAAAAAUAAUUUAAUUUGCAAUUAGCUCUUUAAUUUCCGUUCUCCUUUUCCUUUCUUACAACAUUUCUUUCUUUUUUUUAUUAAAAAGCAAAAGGACUGAUAAUUUUUUAAUUAAAAAUUGUCUAUCCUUUUAUUUUUUAAUUUUUCUUUAAUUCUUUUUUUUUUGCAUUUUACCACCAAAAAAAUAAAAAUAUUUUAAUUUUUUUAUUUAGAUUUAUUUUAACCCAAAUAAAUACCCAUUAUUUUAUAUUUCCUCAAAUCACCUCUCUCUUUAAUGCUUGGAGCUGUUUUUUGCUGCUAAAAAUGCUCUCUCAUGUUCGCUGUUUUUUGUUUUCUUUUUUGUAU